AUGAGCAAACCGCGGGGUUGUAGUUGUUGAUGCCUAGACACUAGAAAUUAUUUCAGACCAUGUCUAGAAAAAUGUAUAGUUCAUGAUAGCAUUUGUCAUUUUUUGUGCUCAACAAAACAGACAUGGCCACCAGCGUGGAUGGUGCGAGACAGAAUAGAACUGCUGUAACACAGCACGAAGAAAGCGACGACGUGAAAAGCCAUGAGGGGAAUGCUAAAUGGCUGAAUGCUCACUAUGAUCCAGUGGCCUCCAUCUACACCUUCACACAGUGUAUAGCUCUGUCUGACAUCAAUGCUGAUGGGGAGUGGAAGCUAAUCAUUGCUGACUUGGGUACCGGCUGUUAUGAUAUGAAACUAAAGGUGUAUAAAGGUACCAGUGUAAUGAGUGAGAACACAAUCAUUGACCUCCCCACUGGAGUGGUAACCUUCUACAUGGAUGUCCAUGAGCCCAGGACACCAGCAAUUGCAGUAGCCUCAGGCCCAUAUAUUUAUGUGUACAAAAACCUCCGUCCUUACUUCAAGUUCACUCUGCCACCGCUUGAGGUGAAUAACGUGGAAGAAGAUGUGUGGAACCAAGCUAAGAAUGAUUCCAUUGAUCCAAGAUCACUUCAUGACAUGCUGGAAAAUUUAAGAAGCCAGGGUGUAACACUGACUGUCAAGUCCCUUCGCUAUCUUCAGCUUGAACCCUCAGAACUCCUGCCCUUCUGUAAUCUCUAUAAGCAUGCCCCACUCAAGAGACAGACUGUGAUAACCUGCCUGGACACCCUGAAGAAGUCAGUGUCAGACGAGGAUGCAAUCAGCUGCUUGGUACUGGGAACAGAAAAUAAAACUGUCUAUGUUCUAGAUCCAGAAGCUUUUACCGUCCUCACUACUAUGGAGCUGCCAAGUGUACCUGUGUUUCUAAGUGUCACUGGCCUGUAUGAUGUGGAGUACAGGGUUGUAGUGGCCUGCCGGAAUGGAGCAAUAUACACACUUAAACGAGGAUCCGCCACAGCCAAGUACAAGAUAGAGUUGAGUUCCCAGCCUGUAGGGUUAGAAAGGGUGAAUAAGAACAUCAUAGUGGGAUGUAUGGACGAGACACUUCAGUGUUACUCCACCAAGGGCAAGAAGCUAUGGGAAGUCCGACUGCCAGCUCCUAUAACCUCCAUGGAAUUGUUAGAUCACAAACCCAAGGGCUUCGUGGCUGUCUGUGUGGCCCUCAAUAACAGUGAGGUUCACAUCUACAAGGACAAGUACCUGGUUAACACCAUCAAGACUGAGGACGUGGUGACGGCCAUGAAGUUUGGCAGAUUUGGCCGAGAGGAUGGCGCCCUGAUCAUGACUACAAGAGGAGGAGGACUAUUGAUUAAGCUGUUGAAGAGAAAUGCUGUGUUUGAGGAGAAGUCGAUAUCUGGAGGGCCACCUGCCGCUCAGAACGUCAAACUGAACAUCCCCAAGAAAACCAAACUGUUUGUUGACCAGACCAUGCGGGAGAGAGAUAAUGGAGUGUCUAUGCACAGGACUUUUCAGCGAGACCUGUAUCUUCUAAGGCUUAACACAGCCAGGAGCUAUGUGAAGGCUCUGGAAAACAGCAUGAACCCAAUCUCCUCAGACCCAGCAGAACCUCUUAAACUCUCAGCACAGGUUCAAGGUAUUGGGCCAGUAUUCAAACUGAGUGUGCACCUCCAGAACACCUCUCUCAGCAUCCCCUCCAUGAACCUACUCAUCGUGUUUGAUUAUGACAAUAAUCUCUAUUCCUUCAGAAAAUCACACAUAAAGGUUCCUUUCCUGGUUCCUGGCCUAAACUACACAUUUGACACCUUUGUGGACUGCCUCAGUGAUAAGGGCUUGUCUGAUAAUGUGAAGGUGUUUGUCGUGAGGCCAGGGAACAGUACCCCGUUGUUAACAGCAGUCAUCAGUAUGCCUGUCAGUGAAACUAUGGUCAUUGUGUGAAAUUUCAAUUAGAGCUGAUCUCCAAGAGUCUUAUUCCAACAUAUAUGGAC